GCCGGCGCCCUGCGCGGUGGGUGGGGUGUGAGGUGGGCGCCCCGCCCCUGGGCAAAUCGACCCGCAGUCGCCGACGCUGGAGUCCCACUGACCAGAGAGGCUCCGCGCCCUGCUUUGCCCGGCACCCGGCGACAGCAUGGCGGCCCGCUCGUGGCCACCCACGACUACCGGCGCCGUCUGGGGUCCACUUCCCGCAGCAGCUCCUGCGGGAGCACCGAUGGACCCUGGGACGCUACCCCCCGGCCCGGUCUCCCCAAGGCGGACCCCAGUCACGGGUGGGCAAGCCUCCUCUUCGGGAAGUCCACGCUCCCACUCAUGGCCACUCUGUCCGAGUCCCCAGAGCACCCGGAGCCUCCCCAGGCCACCGGUGGGGCCAUCACCUGUGGCCAGGCGCAGGGAGCCACGAGGAAGCAGCCCGGAGGCCUGCCCAGCAAGGCCAGUCCUGGGCCCCCGUCCUGAGUGGCUCCCCAGGUCUGGGGGUGCCCUGCACCCGGGACCAGCAGGCUGCAGCCAGCAGAAGCCCUGACCCCCUUCUUCAAAAUAGCAAAACGCCAAAAGGAAGCAAGAGAAGCCUGUUUACUCCCCGGGCCCCACCCCCACCCGUGGAAAUAAACGCCAGGAGCACAGCGGG